AAUAAUAAUAAUAAUAAUAAUAAUAAUGUUGCAUGCAUGCGUGCAUGCUGUUUAGUGUAUUACUACGUAACAAAAAUAUAAUAAAAAUAUUAAAUUAAAAAUUAAACAGAUUAUCAGCGGGUAAUUAGAAUCCUAAUUGAACUACUAUUUGUAAUUUGUAAUUUGUAAUUUAUCUAGUUAAAUUAUGUUCAAAAUUUAAAAGAUAUAUAAGUUUGAUAAUUAUCAGAUAAAUUGAAACCUAGUAGAAGUCUAUCUGUUAAGAUAGAUAUUAUCGUCUAUCAGAACUCUAGCUCUUUAUAAAUACUGAACAAACCCAAACCAGAGGAAGAUAGGGUUGGAAUUCUUGUUGCGUUACCAUGAAAAGGGCAAAAACCAUGGUGAAUGUUCUUGAUCAAAACCCGCAACUAAACAAAGAAUCAAUUCUAUCAACCACUCCAACAAUGGAGGUUGUUCAUGGUGAUCAAACUACGCUACUCAAUGCUUCUGUUCCUGCCGCCCACGGCGCCACCACCACCACCUCUCGACUUGCUUUCCAAAACUCUUCUUUAACCCUUCCACCACCAUGUAAAACCCUAACUUCUGCGACUUCUCCAAACCCUGAAGCUCCUCCUGAAGUAAAACCACCAAUUCUCCAAACCCUAUCUGAACUACCCCUUGCACCUUAUGACUCUAUGGAGAGUUCAAGAACUGGGUCUACUGCAUCUGGAUCUGAGUCCUUGCCGUUUCUUGAGGAGAAUGACUUGGAGUUCUUCGACUCUUUUCCAGCUGGUUAUAGGUUUUGCCCUAGCGAUGAAGAACUCAUCAUUCAUUACUUGAGAAGGAAAGUGCACGACCAAAUCUUGCCGCCGAACAAGAUUAUAAGUCUUGAUCUUUAUAAUUUCAAUCCUGAAUUUCUUGCAGAAAAAUAUGCAAACUAUGGAGAGAAUGAAUGGUACUUUUUCACACCAAGAGCUAAGAAGUACAAGAAUGGAAACAGACCAAGAAGAUCUGCCGAUGGUGGAUACUGGAAGGCAACAGGAGCAGAUAAAGAGAUCAAGUGCAGGGACAUUGUGGUUGGAUUUAGGAAGGCGCUUGUAUUUUAUACUGGAAAACCUCCGAGUGGUGUGAAAACCAACUGGAUUAUGCAUGAAUACAGAGUUGACAAGCCUCCUCCUCUUCGAAAGAGAAAAAGAGACGAUGGAACUGAUGAUAAUAUGACGUUAGAUGAUUGGGUUUUAUGUAGGAUUUAUAAGAAAUCAGAGAAACCUAACGUCAGAAUUCGUAAAGCUGAAGAACCUGAUAUGCAGUUAGACGACAAUGAGGAUGAGGAUAUGGAUGGGGAUGUCAGAGCUGAUGAUAUUGUCGUGCAUCCUGAUUAUAAUACUGAUUCCCCAAAUUUUGGACUCGACUAUGUUUAUUCUGACCAUCUGCCAAUUGAUGAUUCUCUAUUUACUGGUUUUAGUGACCAACUGCAGCUACCAUCAUUUUCAUUUGGAGGGGGAGAAGUAGGAGGAGCGGCAAGAGCCAGUUACGGAGGAGCUGCAAGAGCCAGUUACGGAGGAGCAGCAAGAGCCAGUUACGGAGGAGCACCGACAACCAGCUAUGGAGGAGCACCGACAACCAGCUAUGGAGGAGCAGCAACAACCAAUUAUGGACUUCCAACAACAGAAGCAGCAACUAAUUAUGUAACUCGUUCUGGUUAUGGUUACGGAAUUCCUUAUGGUUCUAAUGGUGAUGGGAUGAUGGUUCCACCUCUUCAAAUGAAUAAUACUUUAACUAGUAGGUAUUUGAAGGAAAACUUCUUCGAUUAUGGAAUUCCUCAAGAUGGAUGGUAUCACAAUGCUAAUGCCAAUGCCAACGGCAAUGCUAAUGCUGCUCUUCAACAUCACCAGCCAGAUGACCCGAAUGCCUCUAACAUGGUAAGCUUAGAAAAAAUAUUUCCUAGAGUGAACUUACAGUCACGACAAAACCAAAAUGGCGAGCCUUCCGAUUCUUCUCAGCAGCAGCAUGGCGAUAAAUACUAUAAAUAAUCCCUUGUAUACAUAAGGGAAAUUAACUCUGUUUGAUUUUAA